UUAAACUUGAUAGGCUACUUUAUACCACUAUUUUUAACAAAUAAACAUUGUUAUGUUGUACAUAUAAAACGGGUUGAAAUGAAGAGGGGAAAUCCCUUGUUGCGCUCAGCAUUCCAAGUCCACAGCAUCGUUUUUUUUUUAUUUAUUAAACUGAAACCAGCUGUUGGGUUUUCCCGAUUUUAGUUAAAAGAUACCGGGGAUCAGCAAAAUAAAACACUUCCGAUUUCACAAACAAAGCCAACAGUUAUGAUGUUAGCUGAAACAUCUCCACAUUAUAACGGUAUUUUAUGGAAACAAUAAAUGUGAGGCAUUUCUGGUUUCUUAAGCUUCGUAAUGAUAUCAAACAUGCCUGUGCUUUUUAUGUUAGCAGUAUGUCUCAUUGCUGGUGCUGUAGCUGGUUCAGUAGAUGAUAACACAAUAAAUUCUGCGGAAAACAAAGCAAAUGUUCAAGAAAAUUUAUUCCUGAAUAUCUUGGUGAUAGGCGACACCAGAAAUGACGUCAUACAAACACUGAACCACAAACACAACAGUGUGUAUAUGAACAUCAUUGAAGCUUUGACUGCCGGCCGUGAAGAGUUCAACAACAAGGAAUCCCUCCAUGUAUUUAUAGAUCUAAUGAUGGCUGUUUCAAAACACGAGGGUCCUCAUACUAUACUCCUGGUAGCUACACCAGGGGAACCAUUUCACAGUCAACUUUUAGCACAGAUCAAACAUUUCAAGGCUUUGUUGGGUGAGGAGUUUAUAAAGAAAUGGUGUAUUCUCAUGGUGCCAUAUUUAAAUUUAAACCAACAAGAGAAUUCUAGAACUGAAGAAAUAAUUCUCGAACAAAAUAAUGGACUUAGAGACUUAAUAGCAGAGUGUAGUGAGCGAGUUGUUUAUAUAGAUGUUAAGACUACGGUUAAGGAGAUGAUUCAGAAUCAGGUAGACCAGUUGAUACAGAUGGUACUCAUUCACCAGAUACAAAUAUCCGGACGUCGAUUCUUCAAAGAUUUUUUAAACAAAGCUGUGUUGGAGAGAUGUAAACUCGAUAUGGCUGAGAUAGUGGACCAGCUACAGGGUAUAGACUCUGGUGAUUUUGAGACCGACCUUGAAAAUCUGAAGAAGCUCCAGCAAGAUUCGACUCGGCUACUGACAGAGAUUUUGAAACACGAUAAUGAAACAGGCGUUUUCCGUGACGUCAUUAAGGACGUCAGAUUACUAAAAAUGCAAAUAUACGAACAUUUGAACGAGAUACAAGAUGAAUUUAUUAUUUACCUGGAGGAAGAACUAGCUGAAGAAAGGCGGAUCACAUUGGAGGAAAAGAAACAGAUGCUGGACGAGAGGGCGGAGCUAAGCCAACGGAGAUCGACAGAUAAAGGAUUCGUGGGCGGAGCUUUAGCAGUAGUGGGAGUCGCUGUAAUGGUGGUGUACAGUGUAGCUAAAUUUUUUUUAGGUUACUUUUUCAAUUUCUAAUAUUUGGAAAAUGUAUUGUUGUGUGUAUCAUGUUCAGUUGUAAGUGUGGAUAAUUCAUUGGGACAUAUAGUGAAGUUUGGCCUCAAUCUUGGUUAAUUUAAUCAGAGGCGUAGCGAGGGGGGGGGGGGUGUGGACCGUACUUGGUGACACCAUUUAGGGGGGUGACACCAAGGCAAAAUAUAACAAAAUGUAUAGAGAAAAAUAAUAAUUCCACUUUAUUAAGUGAUUAAUUCGAGUGUUAAAUAGUGUUUUAAGAGGUGUAAAUCG